AUGGGGAAUCUGUCUUCUAGUAUGCGUAUGCAGGAGCUGUUAUGGAAACUGUUGAAGAAACAUGGUACUCCUGUGAAGGCUAAGACGGUGCUUGCAUUUUUGCAGACAGCGGGUAGGGUUUCCCCUUGGUUCUUAGAUGCAGGUUUUCUGACUCUCCCCCAAUGGGAGCGCCUUGGGAGAGACCUUCUGCGGGCUGAGCGGAAGGGUCCGUUACCUCCGGGAACCAUUGGUUUCUGGACCUUGGUUAAGUCUUGUCUUAUGGAACGGUCAGACAAGUUUAAGGAAAUCUUGCAGGACGGGGAAGAGCUGUUGCGAGAAAUGCAAGAGGAAGCUUCUUCGAAAGGAGCGACUAGUGAAUCAGGAGGAUCAGAUUCAGAGGAGACAGAGGAAGCCUCAGGGAGUGAAUUGGAUGAGCUGGUAGAAAGACUAGAAGCUGCGUCGAUGAGUCAUUCAAAGAAAUCCUGGGUGCCUAGACCCCCACCAGGAGACCCGCCCUUGGUACCUACGGCUCCUCCCUGGACUGGUGAUGUGUUAGGGGUCCGGCCACGCGACCUCAAUGUGGAGGAGAGGCAAGGUUGGAGAGAAUUGCGUGGUCUUGGGCAGGUCUUCCCCGUACAGGAGGACCGAACCAAAAAUCCCCCUGUACGCUCCUGGGUCCCACUAGAUUUCAAGCUAGUGAAAGAGUUGAAAAGUGCGGUAGAGGCUUAUGGGGCUCAGGCACCCUUCACAUUAGCCACUCUUGAGCAAAUAGCUAAUAUGGCCCUAACGCCUGAUGAUUGGAGGAAUGUUGCUAGGGCCUGCCUCUCCCCAGGGCAGUAUUUGGUUUGGAGAUCAGCUUGCAGGGAGUUCGCUAUUGAUACAGCUCGGCGUAACACACAGGCCGGAAACCCUGCUUGGGAUGUCGACAUGCUCCUGGGUGAGGGAGCAAGAACAGGGCAGGAAAAUCAAGUAGGUUUUCCUGAACCGGUGUAUUCCCAAAUAAGCACUAUGGCUAGAAACGCCUGGAAGGCAAUACAGACCAAAGGGGACCUGAAGUUCUCGAUCUCAAAGGUGGUUCAGGGGCCUAAUGAGCCCUAUCCUGAUUUUGUCAGUCGGUUGAUGGAGGUGGCAGGGAAAGUGUUCCCGGAUGUUGAACAAGCUAUGCCCCUAGUACAACAAUUGGCCUAUGAGAAUGCCAACAGGUGGUGCAGAGAGGCAAUUCGGCCGUGGAGGCAUAAGACCUUAGAUAGCUGGAUAAAGAUCUGCCGUGAUGUACAUGAUAAUGUGGUCGCAGGUGUGGUCCAAGCUAAGGAACAAGCUAGAGUUAUCAUGAAUGCUAUGCGCCAGGAGCACAGACUCCCUAGGAAGAGUCAAGCAUGUUUUAGAUGUGGAAAACCUGGGCACUUUAAAAGGGACUGUCGCCAGAAAGAACUGUCUCGGCCCUCACACCCACAACCUAAAUUAUGUCCCCGCUGUGGGAAAGGAAACCAUUGGGCAAGUGAGUGUCGCUCGGUACGAGACAUCUCUGGUCGACCACUGAUGGACGUUAACAGGCCAAAAAACGGGCAGAGGGGCCCAGCACUUCGGGGCCCCCACGGAGUGUACGAGGUGCAUCAGACUCAGAUGGGGCAGCAUUCCAAUCAGUACGCAGAGCCACCCCAGGAAGCGCAGGUCUGGACCUCUGUGCCACCUCCCACCUGGUAUUAA